AUGACAGCGGCGGUUAGUACUAACGGAACUCCCAGGUAUAGAUCUACUCUCUCAUCUCCGUCAACCGAGAGUGUGACGCUUGCGUCGCCUUUAUCUCCUGUGCCCGUCUCCGACUUCGAAGACAUCUUCACGAUGUCUCCCAUCGACUCAGAGACAGAGAUUGAGACCGACAGCAACGCCGCUCCAGUGCCAAUGUCGUUCGAGGUCCCAUUGGGGCCUUUAUCCGGCUAUGGCGGCGCCCCAAAACCAGUCCCCAAGUACAAGAAGCCGGCUACUCGGCUCAUCAAGCCCGUGAGUGAGCAGCCCGACUACGUGUACUCGUUCAAGGGCUAUGACGCAGAUGCUCUGGUCCUCACGGACCAGCAAAUCAACAGCCUUGGUCAAGCUGUUGAUGGCAAGCAGCAUGAUGCUGAGCCCAUGGGACAGUCGUCUCCCCUCUAUGGGGAGACUGACUCCGAUGACAGUGACCCGUUCAUCUACGACCACAUCAUCCUUCCCUCCUCCUCCUCCUCCUCCUCCUCUGACUACUACAACGCUGUCGACGACGAUCAAUACAACGCUUCCGACGAGGGUGACUCUCCCUCUGACAACAAUUCCUUCGAGGACGAAAGCGCCUUUAACUCCAACUCCGACGAUGAUGCCUUCGAGGCUCACGACACCAACAAUGACGAUGUCGGCAGCGAGCCCGACUCCAAACCUCCCUCUUCCCCGUCUUCAGCUGCCAGCGGGCUCUACUUCAACGAUGAGGCUGAUUCUGAACACAACAAUGAUGACGAUAAAGAUUCCAACGACUCUAACGACGAUGAUGACAAUGAUUCCAACAACGACAACGAUGACGACGACAACGACCCCAACCGUUCAGACAAUGACAAUGAUGAACACAAAGACGAAGAAGACGAGCGAAACAACGAUGAUUACUAUAACCCCGAAGACUACUUUAUCGACACCAACAACUACAACUACUCCGAUGACAACGAAUCUGGCGACUCCUCUUCCCGUUGCAGCAACCUCGACUCGCAUCCCUUGUACUUACCAGCCCCCAUCUACGCCAUCGCACCGUACUUGACAUACCAAUCGCCUCCCACGGCACCCACCAUGCUGCCCCCUGUGCCACAUAACACGCCGCUCGCAUUACCAUCCAACGCGCCGUCUACCGACCCGCGCUACUCUGAUCUCGGAACCCUCGAGAUCCUUCACCCACAUAUCCGCAACAUGAUUUAUGGCUUCGUGCUUGCUGACUCUCCUACUGCAACGUCAGAGGAAAACAAUACUACUGGCGCUCAGUCCGAUAUUGGUGUUCGGCACAGUACCGCUAUGGCUGACCGUAACAAUAUGCUUCUUGUGUGCUGGGCUAUGCGCGAGGAAGUGUUAGACUUUUUGGCGCUGCCUUUUUCGACUUCGGGUGAUGAGUAG